AUGUCAUGUUUCCGACUGCCAAAAGGAGUCACAAAUAACCUGUCGAGUGCGGUUUCUAACUUCUGCUGGAGUAGUAAUGGCCAAUCUCGGGAAAUGCAUUGGAUGGCAUGGAAAAAGUUGUGUCGACACAAAAAUGAUGGGGGUUUGGGUUUCCGGGUUAUUGAGGAUUUUAAUACGGCUCUACUUGCAAAACAACUUUGGCGGCUAAUAGACAACCAUGAAUCGUUGUUUGCACGGGUUUUCAAAGGAAGGUAUUACCGAAAUGCUACCCCUUUAGACCUAAUCAGAUCAUACUCUCCUUCAUACGGCUGGCAGAGUAUAGUAUCGGCUCGACCUCUGGUACAAAAAGGACUUAUUAAAAGAGUUGGUUCAGGAGUAUCUAUCUCAGUCUGGGAUGACCCAUGGAUUCCAGCUUCUAGCCCAAGGCCAGCUACAGGACAUGGGAUUAAUUUUUACCCACACCUUCGGGUGAGUGAAGUAAUUAAUCCUAGCACCGCAACGUGGAAUCUUCCACUAUUAAAUCAAUUAUUUCACAGCACUGAUGUCUCCAGGAUUCUCGGGAUCCCCACUUCGCGUGUUCCCCGACCAUACUCCAUGGGAUGGUUUUACACGACGACGGGUCGUUACACGGUCAAAUCAGGAUAUGCAUUGGCACAACAAACUUUGGAGAAUGAAAGUCCCAAUUUCUUUGGACCCGACACACGUCAGCUUCAAUCACAGGGGUGGAAGAUAAGGUGUACUCAAAAAUUACAACAUUUUAUCUGGCAAGCGAUAACAGGAUGCAUAGCGGUCGGAGCACGGUUAAGGAGUCGGGGUAUGCACGUCGACCCACAGUGCAUGCGAUGUGGGAUGGCGCCAGAGACAGUAAACCAUACUUUAUUUGAAUGCCCACUGGCACUGCAGGUCUGGGCAUUAUCCCCAAUCCCGACGGCUCCCGCACACUUCCCGACAGAGGGACUCUUUUCAAAUAUGGCACAUUUGUUCUGGGAUUUGCCCACCGAUGAGAGGAUGGGGAUGUACCCUUGGUUGAUCUGGUAUAUUGUCAGCUCGACUGCGCUUGGAAGGACACGGACCCUAAAGCAGGGCUAG